AUGCGCUACGACGACUGGGACGUGAUCCUCUUCCCAAAGGAUUCUCACGUACCGAUACAGGAGUUCAAGACCGCCUGCUAUGUCUCAACUGAGGAGUAUGGCCGCCAGUUGCCCACUUUGACCUCUUACAUCAGCACUCUCCCGCCGUCCACACCGUUCCGUAUCUCCGUACACUCAUGGGCCACCGCAUCGAAAGCCUCGGCACUGAUCGAGUCUCGACGAAGGGCGAACCAGAAGGUUGUGUACACAGUUCAGGUGGUCGUUGAUGGGGCUAGAGUCUUUCGUGGCUUCUUCGACAUAGCGUCGAAAUGGCCUCAAGAGAUUGCGCAAGAGAAGAGAUCACUCACCAUCAACGAGUAUCCUUCAAGUCAACGGAAACAAUGCCUCGAGUUCCCGCCCUUCCACCAACGGACCCUCAUGCAGAACUCAUGGAAUGUUCACGACCCACAAGGGCGAAUAAAGAUAAUGCUGUCGGAACAGUUGAUCAUGAAGACGGCAAGUCCUGGAGAGGUAGAUCUUGGCACGACCAACGACAUUGUUUGCUUCUCAUUCCAGCAUGCUCCAAAAGGUAUAUGGGACGACAAUUUCAACUCCCUUACGGAUUCUGCCGACGACGUUAGCAUGGAUACAUGGUCAACAAGAAGAACGUCGGGAUCCACCAGCGACAUGGCCAUGCCUGACUACAUGUCCCAAUACGACCAAGGCAUGAGUACAGAAUGGGAAGAUCAUCCGCCGAGGAAGGAAAAAGAGAAACAGCUCGUUGUCACUCUUCGAGAUGACCAGCUAGGGCAGAUUAUCCAAGCUAUGAGUCCACCGAAGCAGAAUCGUGAGCUAUCGCAUGGAUCAGGCAAUCAACGCCAUGAGAAUACUGGUCGCAUACCGACUGCUUACAACUACUGUCCCCCAAAGUCAGACAUCAAUCCACCUAUCAACCGCCCGUCGUCGGCGGCCAUGGCGCGCAAGCCAUCAUACUCGGACUUCAAUAAUGCCCUACGGAACGCAUCGAAUAAGCAGUCACCAAUUAAUCAGCGGUUCCACGAUGCGAUUAAUGACAAACAGCCUACGAUGAAUCACCCUUCCUUCUCAAGCAACAAAGAGAAUCGCCCGCCUUCGCAAUCGCGAUUGCCUACUGCGUUUCCAAACGCGAACCGUGUUCCGACGCCGAACCCCUUCGCGCAAAGGCUUCCAACCCAUACCUCAGAUAUCUCCAUGAGAGACCCAUCUCCGGCACGUUCAAGUAUGUAUAGGUUCAGUCGGAGCGAAGCGCCACCUCCCACCAUUGAGCCUGCUAAGUUUGGGUCAGCUCACGGCCCUUCAGCUGUGAAUAUCAGGAGCCGGAAGGAAGGCCUGGCAUCCGACUCACCGAGGCUAUCUGAUCAAGCAAUGCGCCAUGAUCAGAGCUUGCUGCCAUCGUUGAACUCAGGUCCUCGGACUGCACAUAUACCAAUCUUUGAGGAUAAAGACGAAUCCUCACACAACGCCCAGAAGAAUAUCCCUGAUGUAGUGGAGAUCAUCGAUGUGGAUGCCAUCGACCCCCAUCUGAAUACCAAUGCUGUUUUCGAGAGCAAUAAGCUGUCUCCAUUCAAGCCCUGCCACAAGACUGGAGUGUCACUGUCAAGUAUAGACAGUACCGGCCGUCUGGAGAGACAGCUCUACAGUGCCCUUGGCGAAGAACUCGGCAGCUUUGAACAUCAUAUCGACACCACAGGCAUGGGACCUGAACUUGCACAAGCACUCGGUGGCGUCGCAGCACACUCCGAUCUCAGCGGCUCCGGCAUGCUAAACCCAAACGCUCAGGAGUUUGAGCCAACGAUCAAGCGGAAGAGACAGAGUACUGUGGGUGGCAGUCGGGAGAGAAGUCCGAUGACCAAGAAAGAGAAGGCUGACUUGCGAGCUGGCGACCAUCAGGAAGAGGUGGUGGUGUGUAUGAGGGGGGAUUGA